AUUCGGUGCAAAAUCUCUCUCCCACCCCCCACUCCGACCCAUUCCUUUUUAGAUUAUCUAUCUUUCUCGUUUUCUUAGGGAACUACGUUUCCCCAAUUCUCACCCAUCGUUCUCUCUCUCCGUUUCACUGAUCACUACUGUUCUGCGAGGCAAAACGGCAAACAGAUUGAGGGCGAUAGAUAGAGAUAUGAAGAAGGAGAAGGGAGUGGCAAUUGCAAGUCCUAGCAGCAAUGUCGAAGAAUUUAGGAACACAGAGGAUGAAGAAGAAGAAGAAGAAGAAGAAGAGAAACAAACAAAAUCUGCUCUACCAGCUGUCAGAUUCUCUUCUCGAAACGCUUCCUCCAAAUACGAUUUCGUCAAGGUGAAAGUAUGGUUGGGUGAUAAUGCGGAUCACUACUACGUUCUCUCCAGAUUUUUGCUUAGCCGAAUGUUAACUGUCACUAAGAUUCCUACACAUGUGGCUAUUAAAAUUGCUCUUGAACUCAAAAAGCUGCUUAUAGACAAUAGCCUUCUGGAUGUCUCUCAAUCUGAUUUAGAAGCUAAUUUGUUUAAGCUUAUGGAACGGCGGGGUUAUGGGGAAGAGUAUAUAAAUCGUUACAAGAUGAUGACAAGAUUUCACCAUCAGAGGGUGCCAUUGGUUAUUCUUGUAUGUGGUACUGCCUGUGUUGGAAAGUCUACCAUUGCCACCCAACUUGCACAAAGGCUAAACUUGCCCAAUGUCUUGCAGACAGAUAUGGUUUAUGAAUUGCUGCGCACAUCAACAGAUGCACCUCUGACAUCAUCUCCUAUAUGGGCACGAGACUUCAGUUCUUCUGAGGAGCUGAUUACUGAGUUUUGUAGAGAAUGCAGAAUAGUUCGGAAAGGUUUGGCUGGUGAUUUGAAAAAGGCAAUGAAAGAUGGGAAGCCAAUUAUUAUUGAGGGAAUACAUUUGGAUCCAAGUAUAUACCUAAUGGAUGAUGAGAACAAAUUACCAACUAGCAUGUCACCAAAGGCUGAAGAGCCAAAUUUUGUGAAAGCAGAUAAUAAAAAUGCAACACAAAGGGAAAAUAAUUCUACCAUUUUUGGUGGUAGUCUUAGUGAGAAUAGACACUGCAGCCCUGGGAAUGCGAGGACAGAGGGAGGGACAUCUGCUGAUGAGUUGAAGGCUUUGGAUGGUCUGAAAUCUAUUGACAUAGGUGGAAGUGUUCCUGAGAAACAAGGUAACACAAUUGAAGAUCCAGAGGUAGGUAGAAACCCCCCCGCUAAAAAAGAAAAGUCUGGUGCUCAACCAAUUAUUAUACCCAUAGUCCUAAAGAUGGCAGAAUUUGAUCAUAAGGCUCUACUAGAGGAGUGGAUAUCUACUCGUACCUCCUGCGACAGAUACCCAAUCCAGGACAAAGAUAAAUUAAUGGACAACUUGAAGACCAUUCAGGACUAUCUUUGCUCAUUCGAUUCACAGGGCUCAACUGUUGUCAACAUAUCAGCUACAACAUUCCCGCAAACACUAGAUGGGCUGCAUAAUUAUCUUCUUCAGUGUAUUGAACAGGGUAUAGAUUCCAAAGAAACCGGUGGGCAAUCAGCUGAACAGUAGAUUACAAGAAUUUCUGGCUUUCAAAGUUAUGGGUAUGUAGAAGACUGUAUACAUUGAGGUAUAUAUGCAUUUUACAUGCAUCUAUAGUAAACCUUGUGCUAAUUCGAUAUAUAAAUGUAUUAUGCAAUAAAGUUGAUAACUGUUUGACACAUUUCUAUCGUACCAUUAAAGACUGAGGUCAAAAGAGGGUUCAUUGUCCAGGGACUUCGGUAAAUGAAGGAGCUUGAAAGGGUGGAUUAGAUAUAGUCCUAACAUUUGGCAUUAUUUGCUUAUAAAUUGGUUGCCUUUACAUUCGAACCAUGCUUGUAUGCCUGACACUCUUUUCCACUGCAAAAAAAAAAAUGUAUGAGAAAAUUGGAUGCGUUUAGCAUGGAUGCAAAUUGGGUGUGGCACGCACGGGGGUUCCCUCUG